AUGUCGACUCCGUGUCCCCGGAACUCUGCAUCUCCGUCCUGCUCUUCAUAUGAGCCGUACACAUCUUUUUCCAGCUCUUGCGAUGAGAGUCUAUCUCAGAGAGCCGAUUGUCUGCUUUGUCGCGACCAGGACCUCCACCCGAAUCUCUUGGUUUCCCAGUCUUCCUGUUCCACCGUCUCGCAUCUCUGCUCCUCUGGAUCGCUCGUCUGCGCCGAUCCGCUGGACUCAUUCCCUCCGUCCUUUCCAAGUGCUUCUGGACAGUCGCGACGCUCUCAGAAACUCUCUUUGAACAACCGCCGAGAGCGCACCGCCGCUUCCGCGUGGAAGCCCUGGGGCACCUGCCGCUGUCUGUCUGUGAUGCGCAGGCUGCUUCACGCAGUUCCUCUGCGCUACAUUUCCUUCGACUUGGAGCAAGAGGAGUGCUUGUUUUUGACGGAGAAGCGGAAGUCGUCGACAAGGCAGAGGUCUCAGAAAAGCUCCUCGUCAGGCGCCCAACGCGGGAAGCGCACCGGGGAAGCAUCCGAGGCUGAGGUCGGGGGUAAAACCUGUCAGAGUGGAAGUGGAAGCCAUGGCCAUCCUGACAACAUCCGCGCAGGAACGUUUGAGUCUCGAGGCCUCUGGAAAUUGCCUUAUCUUAUCCCUUUUGACUGUCUAGCUUUCACGCCUCUGUGCGCCAGACCGAGGUGCAUGUGCUCUUGGAAUUCUGGUGGUGACCCCAGUUCCCAUCCUCGCAUUCAAGAAGCCUCGCCGUCGCAGCUUCCCGCCCCUUCAACUUCAGCACUCUCCCCUGCAUGCGGUCCGUCCUCUUCUCUCUCUUCGCUUUCUCGUUCCUCGUCGCCUUGUGCGCUGGGAACAACAAAUGACAUGUCUUCGGCUGCGGCAGUGGCCUCCUCGCAUGCGUCAUCGGCGAACGAAACGUCCACUUCAACCACGUGUAUCUCUACCUCUUUUUCUUCGUCUCCAAGUCCGUGCUCUUCUUCUUCGUCUUCCUCGACCGCUGUUCUGUCCUCCCCUCUCACGGCCAAGACCCCAGAGCCACCCGGGCCUCACCUCUGCGCUGUCUGUGGGCUGCCGGACCUUCGCGACUGGUACCCUUGCUACUAUCCGCUGAACUCAGAGUGCGUUGGGGGUCGUUCGCGCUCGCGCUCUUCGCCGUCACACCUCGCAGAUGGCGAAUCCCCCGACACAGACGAGGACGAAACGACCGACAACGGCGCUCUUGGCGCCUUCGUCAGCGACGUCUUCGCUCGAGGUCAGCUCCGCGCUCGUCCCGGCGUCGACUGCCUUCCCGGAUCCGGCACGGCGGCUCGCGUUCAGGGCUGGAGAAGCCACGAAGGCGACGAAGGCGAGAACGGUGAGCGCAGCGCAUGGGAAGGCAGCGUCAUGGUGACGCCAAGCUGGGCGUAUGCCUUCGAGCACUUUCCAACGGUGUUUGCAUGCAAAGAGAAACAGAGAAGGAACAGCGACACACCGCCAGUCACCUGGAGAGUUGCGCUUCUCAUGGAGUGCCUCGUGAGACCUGGAAGUUUCCGACCUCGCCUCCGGUCGAUCGUCCAAGCUUCCUCCUUUGAGAGUGCUGUGCGUCAAGUGACGAAACCCCGACGCGGCGGUCACUUCCUCGCGGCAGCCGCCUUCGCAAAACGCUUCUUUCAACGCGCUGGAGGGCGUUCUGUUGAAGAGAAAAGGAGCGGAGGGGGGGAAGAAGCUGCGGUCCCGUCGGCUGCUCAAGAGAAGCCAGGGCUCUCCACAAAUGCUUCAGAAGAAGACACGAAUGCGUCGCCUUCAGUGGCGGAGGCAGGGAAAGGUCCAGUCGAGGCCAAGGAAGACAAGUGCACAACAGACCGAUGCAAGGAAGGAGAGCGGGGUGAGGAGGAAGAAAAGAGCGAGAAAGGACAUGUCUCUCAACUCACUUCUCCUAGAACGAGGAAGGAGGCAGAAGCCGCCGUCGUUGCUGCAGCGAAGAGCCCGGGGAGGGAGCGAGAAGUUCUUUUUCAGAACUUCCUUGAGUGGCAAUGUGACGACCCAUCUGCUGUCUUUCCUGUUCGUCUCCUCGCGUUUGCCCUCGGUCCUAAAGCCCCCGAACAAAAGAACAGAGAAGCGGUGACGCAGACGGAGACACCCCCUUCCGCUCAAAAGCAGGAGAGAAACUUCCUAGGUGGAGCGCAGCCUUUUCGUCUGUGGUCCUCCCAGCCUGGGGGCCUUCUUUUCUCUUCGCAAGCGUCUCCAAGUCGUGCGUCUCGACGCGCACAGUCCUCGCCAGUUGCAGGAGAGAAAGAGCGAAAACGGGACUCCAACCCUGAGAGACAGACAAACCAGCGAGAAGAGGAGGAGCAGAGAGGAGAGACGAAGAGAGACAGGGAAAAGAACGAGCUUGUUUGCAGUCAAACGGGAGACAGUAUGGAGACUACCGUCGACUCGGAAGUUCUCGACGAAGUCAAAGGAGGCAUAGCCCGUGUCGCGAAGAAGACGAAGACAGAAGCAAGAUUGAGCGGGUGUAACGGAGAGAGGGAACUGACCACGAGUGACGGUGGAACGGGGAAACGUUCAAUUUCCACCUGCUGUAAGAGGCUCGGCGAACUUCUACAACAGCCGAUAGAUAAAUCCGAGGACGCCGUUAAAAACGACGUAAAAAUCGCUGUCAAAGUCGAAAUGGAUCCCACGGACGAAGGCCACACCUCAGCUCGGAAUAACGAAGAAGCAACAAGGCUUGGAGUGAGAGACAAGAGUGCGAUCGCGAAUAAAGGGGAGCUCGGGGGCUCCAGACUCGCAAAACGGGUCUCCCUAGAACCAGCAACUGAGUUCGAUCGAAACCUCUCGUCUUAUUUUUCUGGGGAUAGCAGCCUGCCUGCCGCCCUUGAAUUUUCCAGUGUCUCUGACGCCUCUGCUUCUGCGGUGUCUUCCCUCUCGUCUCCUCCUGCUUUUGCCCCUCUGGCCGCGGGCCUCUCUUCAGAAGACGGCGAGCUUUCUCCUGCGGCUUCAAAGGACACAGGAAGACCUGGACCGCGUCCACAGUCGCAUUCCGACUCCAACUGUUCCUUGGCCUCAUCUUCCUCUUCUUUCUCAUCUUCCUCUUCUUUCUCAUCUUCCUCUGCUUACCCACCUUCCUCAUCUUCCUCGUCUUCCUCAUCAACCUCUUCUUCGCCAUCGUCUUGCUUUUUCGCGUCCUCCGCUCUCUCGUCUCUGUCCUCUUCCUCCUCUUCUUGGUCAGGAAGGCCUGUGUGUGUUUCGGGGAAGAAUGCCCUCAUUUCGCCUGCGAGAGACGGAACGAGUUUCCCAGAAGUUCAGCACGUUUUCAGACUUCUCGAAAGUAACAAAACGCAUCCAGGGCAUAACGCCGAGGUCGCCGAAGACUCUGUUUCGCCUGUCCCCAGUUAUCCUGUGUCAGUGAAAAAAGAAGUUGAAGACGAACUAGAUGAGAGAGCCCAACAGACUGCAGAAGGCAGAGUCCCAGAGGGUGACGUUCCAGUAGCAGACGAAAACAUUCUUUCCCCUUGUGCACUUUCCUCCUCUGACUCCGUCACUCUUUCUCUUCCGGCUUCCACACAAGUCAACACGGUGAGAGGAGAGACCGAUUCCAGAGAAGAGAGUCGCGAUGGUGAACUGAGCUCUUUUGUCAAGAGUGAACAGGUGAAGACAGAAGUCGGAGACGCAAAGCAGAACCAGGGAGGAACGAGAGAAGGAGAAGAAUCAAAAGUCUAUCCAAGUUUCAAACCUGAUGGUGAGGAACGACAAGCAUCUAGCCAAUUGGCAUGCGGCUCCUACUCUGCAUCUUCUGCUUCUCCGUUUCCUUCACCUUGCGGGUCCUCUCCACUGCCGCCAACCUCUCCAUCUUCUUUAUCCUCUCCUUCGUCGUCUCCAUCAUCUUCGUCUUCCUCUUCUGCCUCCUCUUCUUCCUCUUCUUCUGCCUCUUCUUCUGCCUCUUCUUCUGCCUCCUCUUCUUCUGCCUCUUCUUCUGCCUCCCCUUCUUCCUCGUCUUCUGCUUCUUCUUCUUCCUCGUCUUCUGCUUCUUCUUCUGCCUCUUCUUUCUCUUCUGCAGGGAUAGCAUCUCCAAGUCGCUCUUCAUGUGCGCCUUCAGUUUCCAACUGCCGUGCGGAGACGCUGGAGUCUGUGUGUGGAUCGUUCGAGGAUGGUUUCUCUUCCUACUGUCGCCAUGCACAUGCAGAGACGCUGCUGCUGCUCGGUCCAAGCUGCGAGGAGCCAGACGUGACUUUGCGCGAAUGGUGCCAAGCUUGUGGGACAAAGGCGCAGUCGUACGUCUUUCUAGUUGCGCCACCUCGUUCUCCGGAUUCUUCGGACUCCGUUGGGUCCUCGCCUGGUCGACCGCAAAGUCGCGAAGGAGACACCGCCUCCCCUGAGACGCCUCCAGAUGCGUGCACCUGCUGCCUAGAACGCGUCGACACCGGCUCCGUGGGCGGGGGUCCGUUGGGGACGUGGAAUUACGCGUGCUGCCCAGUUUGCUUCUCGAACUGGCGCUGCGUUGUCGGUACACCGGGGAAACCUGGAGCGGCUCUGUCGACCGGCAACCAAUGGUACGUGGGUCUGCGGAAGCCGUUUGAGAAGCGAAACCUCCUCCAAACGUUUUUGCGGAAGUUCUGUGGGGACUCGCUGCCCUGGAACCCCGCCAAGAGCUGCUUCCUCGCGCCUCUCGGCUUCGCGUUCGAACUCGCGAAACUCGCAGCGACCUUCGACUUCCACAUUGAAGACAGAGUUCUUCGUCUGGUUCAGUGUCAGCUGGGACUCCUAGCCUCUUCAGCUGGCGAGUCCAGUUUCGGUGAGUCGAGGAACUUGCGCGAGAGAGGCGGAGACGCGAACGAUGUCGAAAGGUGGUCCCGAGAAAUCCAACAAAGCCGCAGUGACUGGACUCAGUGGCUCGCGGACGAAAUGGAGACGCUCGCUGUCGAGACACCGGGAAGCGAGGCGUGGCGACACAGACUGAAAGGCACUCUGAGGAAGGCGCCUUUCUGGGGGUUCCGCCGGCUCUUCGUCGCGGUCCCCAGACACCCGCUCCGCGGCCGCGAAGAGCGGCUCCAGGGGCCAACUGACCCGCGGCGCGUCGGGGCCUCACUGGGGACUGUCUGCUACGUGUGUGUGUCGCCGAACGCCGAGACAGGAAGUCAGCGGCUUGAAAGCCUUCUGCGGGAGGCAGCUGAGAACGGUCACACGCCUUGUGAGUCGGGGGUCUCGCGAGACAGCAGAGGGGAUGUGUCUGUGUCUUCAGGUCUGUGGGCGCAGAAGCGGAGAGAGGCGACCAAGGUGAACUUGACUUCCGGGAGAACGGGCAAGUAUUUCCUCGUCGACAGACAAGACCUGAAGGUGCUUCUCGCGCGUCUAAGUGCAAAGAUGGUGGCCAGAAAGUGGAUCGACCACGGCCUCGGUCCAGCCACGCAACGGGACGCGCGACUCCUGCAGGCUCUCUGGGGUUCGGCCUCGGCUGCUUGCGACGAGAUUUCCACAAACGAGAAAGAGGAGAGCUUGAGACGCAAGAGAAGGUGCGACUCUCGCGUCUCAGAGAUCAUUCGAGAAAGAGACGAAGCGAAGGACGUUCGGGGCUCUUCCGCAGCGUCUGGGAGGACGGAGAUGUUUUUCGCCAGGAGUACAGGGCCCACAGAUGAGCGGACUCGGCAGUCGCUCCUCCUUGCAGACAGCGACGAGGAAAAGGAGAACGUUUUGCGCAAAAAACGAAGAGCCCGAGCAGAGAAAUCGACUGAGCAGAAACGGGCAAGGCAGCGAGAAGACGAAGGCCGACCAGACUCGCUUAAACGAUAUGCUCGCCGAGGAGAGACAGCAGGCCCUAUUGACGUCCGAGAAAUGCUCUUCACAGCCGUCGGGAAAACUGAGGAAGCCACAAGGAAAAUGGAAGACGAACUCGAAGCUCUCCUCACAAAAGUGAAGCCGCCGAGAGCCACUUGGGACGCUGAUGGACGAGUGUCAGCCAGCGGGCCGGGAACCGGCGGCCUUCGUUUGAUUCGAGAGCCUGGCGGAUCUGUCGAGUGGGCGUACAUCGCCUUUCUGGUUGUGCCGGAUCUCCCGCCGUCGCUUAGGAAGAAGGACGACAGGACUCCUGAAAAACUUCGGACGAACCCCAGCGAGGUUUGGGUCGACUUCUACAAUCCAAAGCUCCUCUGCGGACUUGUGGGAGGCGCUGUCUUAAUCGAACGGCGCGUACUGGACGAAGUCGAAAAACGAAAGGCCUGGCCGAGCGACGGAACACCCGCCAAAGUGGAAUUGGACAAAGUCGUGGCCAAAUCAGAGGCGUCCAUCGGCGCUGCACUUGGUUCGUCUUUUCUUACUGCCGACAUGCGCGAGCGAAAUGCCGAGGGAGGUCUUUUCAGAGACUACCGCUUCUACGUGUCGGGGGAUCGAGACAGCAAAGAACACCGACUGUGCCGUCUACUCAUCGAACUCGGCAACGGUGCCUUCGAGACGAGACUCAAAGUGACGGACUACGUCGUUUUCUGCGACGACUCCGAGAGAGAUAUCGUUCACGCAGUCCAGAAAUUGCAGCAGAGAGGAGAACUGAAGGUCCAAAAUACUCUUGGCGACAGACACACGAACCCAGUUACCCCUAAGUUCCUUUACGACUGUAUCCUCGGCUGGGCUGUGAUGUGCCCUAGUCGAGAGCGAGGUCACAUUCCUUUUUCAAAAACUUUCGGUCGCCACUAG